CAAGAUGGGGCGACGCAAGGGAAAAGGCACAUAAUCUUUCCUUUCUACUUUGAGCAGACACGACGACAUUGCGGAUAAGCGUCGGAAGCGGGUGAAGCACAGCGCGACGACGUGUUAGUCCUUGGACUCUUUCCACAACCUUUCCUUGAUAACUUGCGCGCAUGGCCGGAUGUUGGAUGUAGAGAUACCCCGAUGAUUGAUGGAUGAUGAAUAACGAUGACACAAGCACCACCGACCUUAGCACAAGUCCAUUAUUACACACGGACGACCGGGUUUCGGGAGCGCCCCUUUCAUGCCCUCCUUGUGUAUACAAAUACCACUAUAGCAUAGCAACCAUACCAUUAGAGCUAUACGAUAAGACCAAGCAAGUCGACGCACGGACCGAGUCUUUACAAAUCCCCCGACCGCAACAGCCACAUCGAACGAUAACGCCAAAUUUUAUUCCGAUCUUGAAACCCACUCCGCGAACAACUGCAGCACCUACAGCAAGUCAAAGAGCAACUGCAAAGACGAACGUCUUCGUCCAUCGUUCUGCCUGCUCGAUAGAUGCAUUUCACCUCGGCCGGCUCCCACUCGCUGCGCCGCAUGAACAAAUGUGUCUCGCAAUUCUGAGAUUGUACGCCUUGACAGCCCUCCCAUUUCAGCAGGUUGCUACAACCUCCCUAUACCCGAAAAAACAAGAAGAGGCGUCGUAUCCAAAACAGGGCACUGGCCACAGCGAGAACACAGACGCAAGUGCUCGCCUCGUGGAGCCGGCAGACAUGAGCGCGCUUCGCGAGUCGACUACGCUCGGUCCAGUCGCUCGAGCCACAGCACUGUCAACGCCUUUGGUACACGUCAAUUGUACAAUCCGCAGUUCCAUUGAUUAUUCUAUCCAGUGCUACCAAACGCAGCCUCAUCCCAAGAACCUCAUCAAUAAACAACCCAGCAACUACCAAGUAGCUGCACGCAUUCAUCCAACCUUCCGUCGCCCAAAUCUCAACGCAUUCCCGCCCAUCCCUCAACCAACCAGUGAAUAUGUAGAAAUGCAAAAUGCAUAAGAUGAUGAUCCAGCCUGGCAAGCAACACGGGGUAUGUACAAGGUGUGUCGCUAGUCGUACUCCAACUAUGUAUGCUUGGGUCAUUUCCCCCUUGUAUUAUAUAAAAGCUCAAUCGGCCCAGCGGAGGCGAGAGCAACGAAGCGAAAGGAAAUGCCCAGCAAAGUGCCG